AUGCUUCAUUUAGCUAGAUUGACGCACACAUUCACCCGGUCAUUAUCAUUCCCUCUGCGCACGUUCGCUAGUGCUACCCCAUCCACUGUCGGUCCUAGCUUUGCGUUGACAGAAGAGCAAUGUCAGAUCCAGGAACUCGCACACAAUUUUGCUCGGGAAGAGAUAAUUCCUAAAGCAGCUCAUCACGAUGUGACAGGCGAGUAUCCAACUGAGAUUAUUAAGAAAGCUUGGGAACUUGGUUUAGUCAACACCCACAUUCCGCAACAAUUUGGUGGCCUGGGACUGGGGGUAUUCGACACGUCUCUUGUGAGUGAAGAAUUAGCAUGGGGAUGCACUGGUAUCCAGACUGCAAUCGAAGCUAAUGGUCUUGCCGAAGCACCAUUAAUCGUUGCUGGAAAUGAAGCGCAGCAAAAGAAAUAUCUCGGACGAAUGACCGAAGAGCCGCUUAUGGCCGCUUAUUGCGUGACUGAACCUGGGGCAGGCAGUGAUGUCUCGGGGGUCAAAACUAGAGCAGAGAAGAAGGGAGAUCACUGGGUCAUUAACGGUAGUAAGAUGUGGAUAACGAACGGGGGAAAGGCCAAUUGGUAUUUUGUACUCGCAAAAACCAAUCCGACAGCCAAGACUGGAGCAGCCUUUACCGGGUUCAUUGUUGACGCCGAUACUCCCGGAAUCACUCCCGGAAGAAAAGAGAUUAACCUGGGACAGAGGGCGAGUGAUACCAGAGGAAUUACUUUUGAGGAUGUCGUAGUGCCUGAUGAGAACGUCCUUGGUGCUCCGGGUCUUGGUUUUAAAAUCGCGAUGAAAGCGUUCGACAUCACUCGUCCUCUUGUUGCAUCAGCAGCCGUUGGACUGGCUCGACGCGCAUUGGAAGAGGCAACUAAGUAUUCCUUGGAGAGGAAGACUUUUGGUAAACCAAUUUUCGAACAUGGAGCUGUGGCGACCAUGAUAGCGGAUAUGGCAAUAGGCGUUGAGGCUGCACGAGGCAUGGUGUGGAAGGCUGCUUGGGUGCGAGACCAGAAUCAGCGAAAUACGUAUUACGCAUCUAUUGCCAAGGCUCUUGCAUCGGAUGUUGCGGUCAAUUCCGCUAAUAUGGCUGUCCAAAUAUUCGGUGGAAAUGGCUUCAAUACUGAGUACCCUGUGGAGAAGCUAUACCGCGAUUCGAAGAUAUUCCAGAUAUACGAAGGAACAUCCCAGAUUCAAAGAGUUAUUAUUUCAAAAGCCGUGGCGGACACUCACGACUCAAUUAUUCGCGUAAACAUGGACUACGGGACUAUAACUCCCCAAGAAGACUCUUAUUCGUUUUGCCUUACGAAAGAUCUUGAUUUGCCAUUAACAGUACGAAUUUCGUCUCUUGAGGGUAUGCGCAGGAAGAAGCAACUUACUGCUCUGCUUGAAGAUCCCACACUUAAAUUUACAGGCUUGCAGACCAGUGACUAUUCCGAUUUGUUCGUAAGCUGUCAACUCUACGCUGAUAACAAACCAUUGACUGUACCAGUGCGAACGAGUUACAAGCCUUUCAAGAAUCAUUGGAGUUGGAACGAACGGCUCACAAUACCUAUAAAAUAUCGUGAUCUACCCGUUACCGCACAGUUGGCAAUAACGGUAUGGGAUAUUCAAAAUCCAAGAAAAGUGGCUCCUGUUGGAGGGACUACUUUUAGACUAUUUGGUAAAACCAACACGCUGCGUAAAGGAAAGCACAAACUAUAUCUAUGGCCAGAUAGAGAAGCGGAUGGCCAGCUGCAUACUACCACACCCAGUAAAGUUGGCGAUAAAGACGAAAUGGACAGAUUAGAGAAAUUGGUAAAACGCUUUGAACGCGGAGAUAUGACACAGCUUGAUUGGCUUGAUAACUUGGCAUUUAGACAAAUAGAAAAAAUACACAAGAAUGAAUCUUCAAAAUCAAAAGAACUUUAUCUAUAUAUAGAUCUUCCCAAAUUUGAUUUUCCAUUAAUAUUCAGCGAACAUGAAUAUACUCUCCUAACACAACCAACAGUGUCAUCCACCCAACCAGCAAAUGCGCAAACGACCGCACCCACGAAUUUCAAUACGAUACUAGUUAUCGAUCCGGAGAUAAUGAGAGAAAAUCCUGUGGAAGCCAAACAUACUAGACUGGGAAGAAAUCAUAGAAGUGGUCCAUUGGAUAGAGAUUUAAAACCAGACGCAAAUAUUAGGGAUGCUUUGAAUAAAAUUCUUAAAUAUCCUCCAACGCAACAGCUCACAUCAGAAGAAAAGGACAGACUGUGGAAAUAUAGAUUCUAUCUUACACGUGACAAAAAGGCUCUUACCAAGUUUCUCAAGUGCGUCGUCUGGUCAGAUUCUACAGAAGCAAAACAAGCAGUUGAGCUGCUUCCAAAAUGGGCCGAUAUUGACAUUGAUGAUGCCCUAGAGCUUCUUGGCGCUAACUUUGAAAACAGAGAAGUCAGGAAAUAUGCUGUCAAUCAAUUAAGGAAAGCUGAUGACGAUGAACUACUACUGUAUUUAUUACAAUUGGUGCAAGCCCUAAAGUUCGAAAACAUAAGCGACAAAUCACAUGAAUCAAGUUUGGCUGAAUUCUUAAUCGAGCGAGCAAUAAAGAAUCCUAUACUUGGAAAUAACCUUCACUGGUAUCUCAUGGUCGAGUACGAAGAUAAAACGGUUGGGAAAAUGUACGCAAAGGUUGCUUAUAAUUAUAUGACAGCGAUGAUAGAGACACCAGCAGGAUCCCAACGUAGAGAUGUUCUACGCAGGCAAGGUUUACUCAUUGAUACCCUCUCAUCAAUAUCAAAAGACAUAAGACUUAUGAGAGAUACAAGAGCUAAAAAGAUCGAGAAACUAAGAAGUAUCAUAUCGGAUCUAAAGAAAGAGCUUUUAUCGUUUCCACAACUGCCCUUGCCACUUGAUGCAAGGGUUACAGUGACAGGAAUUAUACCAGAGAAGACGACCGUGUUUAAAAGUAAUCUCUUCCCACUGAGACUUACAUUUUCAUGCGCUGACGGGAGUGAAUAUCCUGUAAUUUUCAAAACUGGCGAUGACCUGCGUCAAGAUCAAUUGGUAAUCCAAAUCGUCACUUUAAUGGAUAAGCUCCUCCGCAAGGAAAAUCUUGAUUUAAAGUUGACACCGUACAAAGUUCUUGCAACGGGUUCUGAUCAUGGACUAGUACAGUUCAUUCCGUCGUCAUCGCUUGCCAACGUGUUGAGUGAUUUCAACGGAAGUCUAUUAAUGUUUUUAAGAGCUCACCAUCCUGAAGAGAAGGCUGUGGGAACAUAUGGAGUAGCACCGGCUGUAAUGGAUACUUAUGUUAAGAGUUGUGGUACGUGGUUUGCUGUCACGAAAUGUGAUGAGGAAACGGGGAUUCUUGACUUUAUAACUGAUAAUAUCUCAUCUUUCGUAGCCGGGUACUGUGUGAUUACUUAUCUUCUGGGAGUUGGAGAUCGUCAUUUGGAUAACCUCUUGUUAUCUCCUGAUGGAAAUCUGUUCCACGUAGAUUUUGGUUUUAUCCUUGGACGCGAUCCCAAACCAUUUCCUCCACCGAUGAAACUUUGUAGGGAAAUGGUGGAGGCUAUGGGUGGAGCAAAUUCUCCACAAUAUCAAAAGUUUAAAAGCUACUGCUACACUGCGUUUAGCAUACUGCGUAAGAAUGCUAAUCUUAUCCUCAAUCUGUUUGCCCUCAUGGUUGAUGCCAAUAUACCCGAUAUUAAAAUUGAACCUGAUAAAGCUGUCAUGAAGGUACAAGAGAAGUUCCGAUUGGACCUUAGCGAAGAGGAAGCGAUAAAGUACUUCCAAGCAUUAAUUAAUGAUUCUGUCAGCGCUUUAUUCCCUCAAGUCAUUGAGACUAUCCACAAAUGGGCCCAAUACUGGAGGAGGUAG